AGUCCGCGGGAGAUCGGAUCGGAGCGGUUGCGUGUUCGCUGCUGCUGCUGCUCUCUUCCCCCCGAGCUUGAAGAUGGCGGUGUCCGUGUUCCCCGGCGUGCGGCUCCUCUCCAUUGGGGAUGCGAAAGGAGACAUCCAGCGGCACUCCGAGCAGCAGCCUCUGCGGCUGGAGGUGAAAACCACCCAGGACGCGGCCCUCUUAAACCUCUCCAACAAUGACGAGGCGAGCGUGUUUAAGUGUUCAGUGUCGCGGGAAACUGAGUGCAGUCGUGUUGGGAAACAGUCCUUCAUCAUCACACUCGGCUGCAACAGCGUGCUCCUGCAGUUUGCAUCCCCCACAGAUUUCUCAUCAUUUUAUAACCUUCUGAAGAACUGUCGCGGACACCUUAACGAAUGCUCAGUCUUCAGCGAGAGGACAGAGGAGUCGUCGGCCGUUCAGUACUUUCAGUUCUAUGGCUACCUCUCUCAGCAGCAGAACAUGAUGCAGGAUUACGUUCGAACUGGAACCUAUCAACGAGCCAUUCUACAGAACCACACUGACUUCAAGGACAAGGUUGUGCUGGAUGUGGGCUGUGGCUCGGGAAUUCUCUCCUUUUUUGCAGCUCAGGCCGGCGCACAUAAAGUUUAUGCCGUGGAGGCGAGUACCAUGGCUCAGCAUGCAGAGGUGCUGGUGAACAGUAACAGACUGACAGAGCGCGUGAUAGUAAUCCCAGGGAAGGUGGAGGAGGUGACCUUACCUGAACAGGUGGACAUCAUCAUCUCUGAGCCGAUGGGCUACAUGCUGUUUAACGAGAGGAUGCUGGAGAGCUACCUGCACGCCAAGAAGUUCCUCAAGCCUAAUGGUAAAAUGUUUCCCACCAUUGCCGACGUCCAUCUCGCUCCUUUCACAGACGAGCAGCUCUACAUGGAGCAGUUCACCAAGGCCAACUUCUGGUAUCAGCCAUCUUUCCACGGGGUGGAUCUGUCUGCACUGAGGGGAGCUGCUGUAGACGAGUACUUCAGACAGCCCAUUGUGGACACGUUCGACAUCCGAAUCCUGAUGGCCAAAUCCGUGAAAUACACAGUCAACUUUUUAGACGCUAAAGAGGAAGACCUUUAUAAGAUAGAGAUCCCAUUCAAGUUUCACAUGAUGCACUCAGGGCUGGUGCAUGGCCUGGCCUUCUGGUUUGAUGUGGCGUUCAUGGGAUCUGUGAUGACAGUGUGGCUCUCCACAGCCCCUACAGAGCCCCUCACUCAUUGGUAUCAGGUUCGCUGUCUGUUGCAGUCGCCGCUCUUUGCCAAGGCUGGAGACACAAUGUCGGGCACGGCUGUCCUCAUCGCUAACAAGAGGCAAAGCUAUGACAUUAGCAUUGUUGCUCAAGUGGAUCAGACAGGCUCCAAGUCCAGCAACCUGCUGGAUCUGAAGAACCCGUUUUUCAGGUACACAGGCACCACCCCUAACCCCCCACCAGGCUCACACUACACCUCCCCCUCUGAGAACAUGUGGAACUCUGGGGGGGCCUAUAGCAUGAGCCAAGGCAUGGCUGUGUCAGGGAUGCCAACAGCCUAUGACCUCAGCACUGUCAUUGGCGGCAGUGGCUCUACAGUUUCCCACAACAACCUCAUCCCCCUUGGUACAGACACGCAUGCACUGAACACGGGGAUUGUGAACCAUACUCACUCCAGAAUGGGCUCAAUCAUGAGCACAGGAAUUGUCCAGGCAGGCAGUAGGAAUACCCAGUUGGAUUAGCUGAGAUCAGAAUUGGCUGUACUCCAAGUCAGGUGUGGCAGGAGCUGCGACUGGUCAGCAGGGUUCAAGCAGCACUUACUACCCCGUCACCAACCAGUUCACCAUGGGCGGGCCCGCCAUCUCCAUGGCCUCCCCUAUGGCCAUCCCCAGCAACACCAUGCAUUAUGGGAGUUAAGCUCCCAUCCCCACCCCACCCCCCAACUUUUUGGGCCCUCUGCAUGUCCAGCCUCCUAAACUGACCACAGCCAAAAUCAGAAAAACCAAAUCCAGUGCUGCAGUCUCUGGCCAUCACCUUUCUCGUCUUGAUAUGUGUAUUAUAUAUUCGUAUAUAUUCUCUGUCUCUCUCUCUCUGUCUGGUUUUUAUUCUCACAUAUCCGUCCCCCCCAUCCUACGAUGCCAGCGUUCUUUCUCAGUGAGUCAGAGGUGUGCCACCGUCAGCUGUUCCAGGACCAGCCACAGGGGGGCAGCACUUGGUUGUCAGUGUACCGAAAGAGCACAAACUGAGUUUUGAAAUCCAAUGGACAAAGACUCAAGUUGACGGAAUGCUGACCACAGGACAGUUUUUAAAAAUAAUGAUGAUGAGAAUAAUAAUGACAUACGUUCACACUAGGCACUCGCAACGGACCGCUGAUGCUGACCUGAGAUUUGUGGCAGGACUGUCCCGCUGUUUCUCUGUCUCUUCCUCUCUUUCUCUCUUCUUAAUCAUGUCAGACUGCGCACAUAUUUUACCCACUGUCAGCAUGAAAUCUGCUCUCGGCCUCCUCGACCUCUGGCGCCCAGGAACACGGACACACGUACAGCUCAGCAGCCCAUCAUAGCACCUUUUGACCGUCGAACCUGCCUGUAGAGAACCUAGUGUAGGUAGAUAGGUCCAUGUUUGUGGUUCAUUCCAUUUGCGCGCACCAUCCAGUCUAUUUGAAACGUGUGGCUAGAUGUUUUUGUUUGUUUAUCUUUGUUUGAAAAAGAAAGCACCCCCCCCUCCCCCCAAGAGCUUUACAAGGCUAGCGAAGGUUAGCAAAGCCACCUCAGUCCAGCCGCUUUCGCACUGACAACGCAAACCCCCGCCUCCUUUUGGAUUUUGUCCACCACCUGUUUAGUCUUUCAAAGGAUUUGGCUGCUCCGGAGGCCAGUGGACAGAGAAGAGCUUCAGAUGGACAGUCCGCUGGAGGGAUGAAUUAGCAUGUUAGCACGUUAGUGUAGGAAGAUGGGAUCUGUGGACACGCCCUCGUCGUCGACCUCUGCAGCAGGACAGUCGUUCGGAUCUGUGUCCUAGUUUACAUCCCCCCCAAAAAAACGACAAAAAAAACCAAGAAAAAAAACAAACCCUUGUCGACCUCUGUGUGUUGUGAGACUGUUGUCUAGAUAACCGGGGGAUUGUUGUCACCAGUCAACCCUCUCUUAACUAGCUUUGACCUUUUUUGACCCCCUUUUCCUUUCCCCCUCCUGCCUCCCCGCGCUGGGGAAGCAGUAGUCCAGACAAAGACUCUGAAAGUGUAUGCAUUGCUUCCAUUCACACAUUUUCAGUUUUGAUUUUGAUUUAGAAACUUUUCAUUGAGGUAAGAGAAAAGCCUGCUAGUUUGUAGAUUAACCUUUUUUUGUUUUUGUUUUUGUUUUCUUUUGCCUUUUUCCUUUCACAAAAAAAGCAACAGACACAAAAAAAGAAAAAAAAGGUGCAAAUUAAAUGUUGGUGGAGACAUCCCUAUGAAAGUCUGGCUUCUUCUAACAGUAGUUCCACAUGACCUCCCAGUCCAGAGGUUCAUACCAGACUGAUGUAGGCCAAAAAAAAAAAAACAAUGCAUUUGCUGAUGUUUACAUUUUUGUUUAACCGGUGGGCAGUUUCACACACAUGGAUUAAAGUGUAACUGCACCCUCA